AUGACUAUAAUAGAAACUUUAUUACCUGGGAUCCAGUCGUUUUUAUCAGUAGAUUUACGUAGUAUACAAUUACCUCCUCAUGUAGAGCAAAAACGUCAAAGAUUCCUUGAGCUUAUUGAAGUUCUUAGGUUAGAACCUAAACCAUCAUUACCGAAAAAUAUUAAUAUUACAACAGAUCCUCUCACAAUCAACACUAUUGUUACUGCAUGCCAUGGUGGCGGUGAUAUUUUUACUACUACUACCACUACUAAUGAUAUCGAUACUACUACUAUUACUACUCCUAGUACUUAUACUAAUAAUGUUGCUGCGUUACAAAAGAGGCCGUUGAGUAAUGGCAUUGCACGUUUCUUUUCACACAAGCGUUAUUCUCUUCCCCCUACAAUAAAUCGUCCCUCACCAUCUGUCCUGAUAGAUUCAUUCAAAACACUUGUUUCAACAACUUCUGGUACACCAGUUCAUAGGCGAAAUUCACAGGUUUCCAAUGUAUUUAAAUCAUCGUCUGGUCAUUCAUACCAUAGACAUCCGUGUGAAUCACCACUGGACGGUAAACCUGUGUAUAGUUUUGACAAAAGAAGAAAUUCGUUUCUACCAUCAGUUUCACCUACCCUUCCACCUCCUUUACCACCAAGAAAAUCCCAAUUACAUAAAUUUUUUUGUAAAUUAGAAGAUCCAUACGAAGUACCAAAACAUUCUGCAGCGGCUGUAGUAACUACUAUCGACGUCGGAACAAUAACCACCUUAACAUCAGCUUCGUCAACAAUCACACCUAUCCGUUCGAAAUCAUCAAUUACAUCAGCUAAUAAACCUAUGUGCAUAAAGCAACAGUUCAAUCGACUGUCAUUAUCUCCUCAAUUAGAAAUUGUUCAAGAUCAAAAGAAGAAUUUAGUUCUUCCAUAUGAUUCACGUGACAACAAUACUGCAGUUAGUGAAGCGAUGACAACACUAGUCAGUUCAAUGGAAUUAUCGAAAACAAUUGAUUCUGUCAAACAUGAUCGAACACUAAUAUUACCAAAGAAAAAUGUAACUGGAUACCAAACUCGUCGGCCUAGCAGUUCUUUAAGUGAUCCAAUAUGGACAUUAGCUGGUGUACUUUCACAUCGUUAUAAAUCAAAUAAAUGGAUACAAUUGAAUUUCUGUUUAUUAACAAAUAACUCAAGAUUGGUUGCCUAUAAAACUGGUCAUUCAAUGACACCAUCAUUAGUUUUAUUCUUAUACGGGUCCACUGGUAUUUAUUCCGGUCGCGACAGUGGUAUGGAACAUGUGAUUAAGAUAGUUCAUUCUAGUCGUGAAAUUAUAGUUUUAGCCGCACCUACAGAAGAACAAGCAUUGAUUUGGGUUCGACAAAUCAAUCAGUACUCUCAAGGUUCUAUACCAAUGGAAGUUUGUUCAUUCCUACCACAUUUGAAUGCUCCGAAUCCCACCAACACUCAAACCUCAUUUACCACUUCUACUAACAUAAAUAUUAGUCAUGCCAGUGGCAGAAAUUUCACAUCUCCACAAUUGUCAGGUUCCAACAAUCGUCCUUUUUCUGCAGAUUUAACAGAUGUACAAGUUGACAACAGAUUUUUAGCUUACAAUAAAACAAUGUACACUGAAGGAAUUUCAUCUAAUUACCAUAAUGUUUUAUUGAAUUCUUGUGAAAUUGAUUUUCAACGUAAUCGUAUAGCGGAAAAAUCUGUGACAAAUAAAAUGACAAAUCCCAUUGAUGAUGUUAUCAAUGCUAAUGACUCUUUCUUUAUUGGUCGCGAUGUGAAAGAUGCAACUCAUCAUUGUUUAUCUCGUAAUACUGUAUUAUCAUCGAAUCCAUUACCAUCAAUGAUAUCGUCGUCAGUAUUCGAUGCAAGUUCAAUAAAUCUAAAACAGAAUUCACGUCGUAGCAGUUUAAUUUCAUCUAUGCGGCGUAAAGUAGAAUCAUUUAGCUCUAAACAUCGUGUACGCAAAACUUUACACUCAUCAACAAGUAACUAUUCGAAUGUACCUGAAAGUGAAAUAUUGUUAAAUAGACAUAGACAAAAGUUAAGUGAUGAAUCGAAAAAUAAUUUUGCUAGCUCAAAAUUUUCACCAGUUCAACGUUUUCAACAACAACAACAACAACCACCGCCUCUGAUUUCAUCAUUAUCAUCAUCAUCAUCAUCAUCAUCAUCACCACCACCACCAGCUGCUUGCAUAUUAGAUUCAUUUGGGAAUUCCGGUAAGGGAUUUGGUUGGUCCCAAUUAGUAUCAGCCGGUGUAAGAUUUCUAAAUCAAGACACAAAACCAAUAAUUAUCCCAUCAUCUUCCACUACUAGUAGUCGACCACGAUCUGUGUAUUAUGAUACUUCAGCAACUACAUCGGAUAUUUUCUCUUCACAAAAUAAUAUAUACUUGACGCCUAAUUAUGGUCCAUUGUUAGAUCUAAACACAAUUAGAUCGUGUACUACUGCUUCAUAUACUACUACUACUACUACUACUACUACUACUACUACACCUGAUGAUAUUCAUAUAAUCAUAUCAGGCUAUGCGUUUAUUUCUAUACCUGGUCAAGUGCCUUGGACUAUUAAAUGGUGUUGUUUGAAAUUAAAUCGUCUUGAAAUCUAUCGAAAUAGUAGGAAAGAUUAUCAUGAUAAAGUCGACCAAACUUUCAAUGGAUAUAUCAAAGAAAAUUGUGAUUGGCCUAUAUUUUCUUUACCAUUAAAUGGUGGUAAAGUUGAAUUAGGUCUGGCUGGUAGUAGUGAUAAGCGACAUUCAUCGGCUAUUCGUUUAGCUGUUCCAACUGAGUGUACAACACCAUUACUAUUUGAUGCUGUAGAUAAAUUACAAAUGGGUUCGUGGAUAAGAGGAUUUAUUCAAGCAUCAGGGCUUAUCGAAUCGACAGAUGUUGCACAACAGAAAGAUUUUUCUGUACAUCGAUUGUCUAUAAUAGAACCCAAAAACACUGUCAUCCAUCCUCCUUAUGUUGAUGUGCAUGCAAACCAUUUUCAAUCUGUUCCAUUAAAAAAAAAUCAUACUGUUGUUCCAUUAACAACUCUCAAUUCAUUAUCGCUAAUCAACCGUAUACCGAAUUCAAUUUUGAAAACAUCUCAAACAUCAAUAUAUUAUUCUGAUAUACAUGACAAUAAUGAUGACUCUGAUAUUAAAAAACAAAAAUCAUCACCAUCAUCAAAUGUAAUAAUUUAUGACGAGGUAUGUCCUCCACAACCAGCUUUUACAGUAACAACCAAUAAUGUCACUACUACUACUACUACUACAUUCUCAAUCCCCUUAACUACAAUUUCUAGAAAUCCUCCCAACUUAAGUUUGUCUAAAAGACGUUGGAGUUCACCUUUGUUAAUUUUUGAAUCAUGCUCAAAAUCUUCAGGACCAGUUUAUUUAUCAGAUAUUGAAUCAGAUGAUACCCUAUUGAAUGGCAAUAAUGAUAAUAAUACAUUAUCUCACUGGAAUAUACCACCACCAAGUAGAAGAUUAUUAGCUCAGCCAUUGCCUCCAUUACCGUCAGUUGGACCGAGUACAUGUGAAUCAUUGGCCGGUACAAUCGCAAGUGAUGGUAGUUUUACUUCAUCAAAUAUAACAACAGAUGAUAUAGGUGGUGGUGUUAAUGUCGGUUUUGAUUAUGUUGGAUUUCAAGACAAAAAUGAACUGAUUGAAUUUACUAAUAUGAAUUUAGAAGUGAAUAGCGUGCAGACUGAUAAUUAUUCGUUAUAUUGGUCAAAGAAAGUAAACAAUUAUCAUUUUCCUUUAUCUAUGCUGAAUCGUCGAUAUGCCAGCAUGAGUAGUUUACAAUGUUCUGUGCCAUUAAAACAAUUGUUAUCACAUAAACGAUGUUAUUCUUGUAUCAAUAGUAGCAGUGGAAAUGAAUCAGACGACAAUAAUUCUGCAAUGGGAAUAAUAAAUAGCAGCGGUAGUAAUUCAAUGUGUACAUUUAUGAAAGAUGGUAUUAAUUCUUCGUCUUUAUGCACAUCAUUUACAUUUAUAUCUGAGUCAAAUAAUACAACUUUGCACAAGACAGAUUCAGAUAGUCUUACUACUACUACUACUACGACGACGACGAUGACAACGACAACGACACCGACUAGUACUUGCACAAAUGUUAUUAGUAACGAUGGUGAUAUUAAUAUUGAUCGAAGAAAUUCAGGAGAUGAAAUCAGUUUAUGGAAUUCGGAAACUGAAAACUUUUUAUGUUUCAGAGAUCCAGCUCUUGUAGAGUAUAUGAAAUCGUCUAAACUGAUUAGCGCUAGACGAUGUGUUUCUUGUGUAAUCUGUAAUAAGCCAGAAGUUCUUCAGAAAAAUUCCUGCGUAGAUGAAAUCCCGACUUCUUCAUUAACUCUUCCUGUUCAUUGUGGAUCUGAUGAUACAGCAACAACAAUGAUGAAUACAAUAACAAUUUCUAGUGAUCCAAUUAUAUGUCGAAAAUGGAACAUAAAUUAUUCGAAACGAAAUCCAUAUUCAUCGAAUUCCCGUCAGAUAGCCACUCCAUCAGUUGUAGCUUUGACACCCGAAUUUUCAUCAUCAGGUUCUGGUGGAACUGGUCGACCUUCAGUAGCAAUUCCUAACUGUCAUCUCCCUGUAAUUCUUGUGGAAGAAGGACAAACUAAUAAUAAAAAUGGCACCAUUCGUAUCCAUAAAGAUUGGUGUGAUCUUCUCUUGAAUCCAGGACAAUCAAAAUGUAUUCGGAAGUGUCAGUCAUCAUAUGAUUAUGGCUAUCAAGUAGAAGUUCCUACUUCUAAUCUGUCUUUGCUAAGCUUUCAUCAAUAUCCUUAUUAUCUGGUGAAUACUAAGAACAAGAAUAACAGCACCAAUUCAUUGAUGACGAAAAAUUCCAUUCCAAACUCUGCAUCUUUGAUUCUCAUUACAUCAUCACAACUGAAAGAGAUUAAACAGGAAACUAAUAGUAUGCAAUCAAUAGACAGAAAGAUUAUAGAAAUAGAAGAGGAGGAGACAACAGCUAAUUUAUAUGCACGGUUAUCCUCUGUAGAAAUGAUGUUAAGAAAUGCUGAAUCUACUGAAGCUCGACUAGAAAAAGAAUUUAGUCAUUUAAUGACCAGUGAUGAGAGAUCACCAUCACUACUGUCGUCACAAUUGUCCAUGGUCAAUUUGAUGGAGGAUUUAAAGUCACAACAUCGAGAUCAACGAAUAUUUAGUGAAAAAUCAUUAAUAAAUGACAGUGCAAAUAUUUGUUUUCAUGCUUAA